AUGGCCUCCCACUGCUCCUCCCGGCCCGGGCCGUCGUCUCCCGGCGGCGGCCUCGAAAAGCUCCCGUCCUCCUCGAUCCGCGUCCUGCGCUCUGUCGAAUCCCUCCGCCGCUGGCGCCGGCCGCACCUCCUCGACCGGCGCUCCGUCGCCCUGGUGCCCACGAUGGGCGCGCUGCACGAGGGCCACCUCUCGCUGAUCCGCGCGGCCGCGCGCGAGAACCACCACGUGGUCGUCUCCAUCUACGUCAACCCGGCCCAGUUCGGCGUGCGCGAGGACCUGUCGUCCUACCCGGUCACCUGGGACGCCGACGCCGCCGCCCUGGUGAAGCUGGAUCGCGAGUUGGCCGACGACGGGCAGAACCUGGGCCGCAUCAGCGCCGUGUUCGCCCCGACCACCGCCGAGAUGUACCCCGGCGGCUUCCCCGGCCAGGAAGUGCUGGAGGGCAGGUCGCGGCCGACCUUCUUCCGCGGGGUCGCGACCGUGUGUAUGAAGCUGUUCAACAUCGUGCAGCCGGAGCGGGUGUACUUUGGGCAGAAGGAUGUGCAGCAGACCGUGGUGAUCAAGCGGUUGGUGCGCGACUUUAUGCUGCCGAUCGAGGUGGUUGUGGGGCCGACGGCUCGGGCAGAAGACGGGCUUGCGCUGAGCUCGAGGAACGUUUAUCUUGGCGGGAGGAGGCGCGGCGUGGCUACCGUGUUGUACAGGGCGCUCCAGGCUGCGGAGGAGGCUUAUAAAAGCGGUGCGAGAGAUCGCGGCGCGGUCUUGGGCGCAGCUGAGAAGUUGCUGGGCGAGGCGCUCUCGGAGCAGACGGCGCUCGCGCCGGAGAGGCGGGUGCGGUUCGAGGUCGACUACGUUUCGCUGGCUGAUCCUGACACGAUGGAAGAGCUGCCCGUUGUUGACCCUGCGAAGGGAGGCAUCCUCAGCGGUGCGGUGAAGAUGUUGCCCGUUGAGGUCCCGCGGGACGGAGAGGACCUUGGCCACAGCGGAGGGCCGGCCGUCAGGCUGAUCGACAACAUCAUACUGCAACCUGCCGAAUAG